AUUUUAUUAUUUAUUUUUGUUUUCUACUGUGCUAAAUCUUUUGGAGCGCCAAAGACUUUUUCUAAAAGCAAUUUUUACAGAUACAGAAUACAGAGAUAAUGGAUAAAACCAGAGCUGGCAGUGCAACGACUUUGGAAAAAUGGGGAUUUCCAUUGCUAGAGCUCUAUCGGCUCGCCUUCACCUUCUACAAACAAAACUCUGGCAAGGCCAUACAUCUGUCUUACGAGGACAAUCUCAAGUUGAUCGCCUUCAAACAACAGGCCGCCUUGGGACCCUUCAAUAAAAAUCGUGCGCCGGCUCUUGGUGUGCUCGACGUGAUCGGACGUGACAGACAGCAGCACUGGCAGCUGUUGGGUGAUAUCACGAGAGAGCAGGCUAUGGAGGGUUUCAUCGAUCUGUUGGACACAAUGUGCAGUGCCUUUCGUCCCUAUAUCGAGGCGGUGCGUCAGAAUCGCGAUGCCAAUCUGAAAGCCGACCUGCGUCGCAUGGAACUGGAAAAGGAGGCGCGCGAAAAGCGCGAACGCGAGCAGCAGGAGCUGCUAGAAGAGGGCUACAAGGAGGAAUUGCAGCGACGCCAGCUACAGGACGCACUCAACAAGCAAACGUAUCAGCAAUUUAAGCUGUACGCGGAGAAGCAAUUUCCUGGCAAUCCUGAACAACAGGCUGUGCUCAUACAUCAGUUGCAGCGGGAGCAUUACCAUCAAUACAUGCAACAGUUACAUUUGCAGAACCAAAUGCAAUCGAAUCUGAGUCAAGGGGAACAGCAAGCGCUAGAAAUGGACAAGGACAAGGGCACGUUGCUGCACGAGGAGCUGCAGGAACACAGCGGCAGUGGUGGUGAAAGCAACAACAAUAAUAAUAAUAACAACAACAUCACCAACAGCAGCGACGGCAGCAGCAGCACAGUCAACAACAGUCCUGGCCAUUCAAAUCUCGUCCAGGCCAUGGAUGCACUGCAGCUGAACACGUUCGAGUGCCAGCAGCAAGAGGAGACCGAACAGCUGCAGGAGCAGCCCGAGGGCGACGGUGAGGGCGAGGCUAAUGAGGAAUACAGUGAUUAUGUGAUGAUACGUCCGGCCAAAAUAUGGACGCGACCCGAUAUCGAACAGUUCAAGACUGAAGUUUCUGCCGGCGAUGGUGAUGGCGUCAUUACCAUUGGGCACGGCGAUACGGUUACAGUGCGCGUGCCUACAAAUAUGAAUGGCAAAUGCAUUUUUUGGGAAUUUGCCACCGAUAAUUAUGAUAUUGGCUUUGGAAUAUAUUUUGAGUGGGCAAAACCAGUUACCAGCGAGGUGACGGUGCACGUCAGCGACAGCGAUGAGGAAGACGAAUGUUUGGACGAGGAUUAUCUAUCGACCACCGAGGAUUUGGAGUCGGGUUCCAUGUCGCAGGACCGCAACAUGCUGGACGCCCAAGCUGCGGCGAUGGUUGCUAAGCCACCCAUUUCCAUUAUUGUGCCAAUAUAUCGGCGCGAGUGCUACAACGAGGUCUAUGUGGGCUCGCAUUCAUAUCCUGGCGAAGGAGUAUACUUGCUGAAAUUUGACAAUAGCUACAGCAUUUGGCGAUCCAAAACGCUUUAUUAUCGCGUCUACUACGAACGAUAAUGCCAAA